UUACCAUGAAUGGCAAAAUUUGCGCAAAGAGCCACUAACUGCACUAUCUUUCUAAAAUUGCCUAAAACCCUUUGCGACUGCAACACGUAAGGUAGCUGUUGUCAAGGAUAUUACGCACAAGUUUAAAACGGCAUUUUUCCAUUCACGUACGGUAAACUUUAUUCUCAUAUGCGCUCAUGGCACUUUCAACGACAACCCCCAUACGAUCACGUGCAGUUUCACGCCGCGAUCACGUGUUAAAUCUUCUUCCACCGCUGACCGUGGUGAAAAAAGAGGACGCUACUGUGCAUGACCGUUUGUUCUCAGAUGAUCCACCUCCGAGGAAAUACACCGCAAAUUUUCCAAGUAAAGUUCUUCGACAUCUUGGACCGUGGACAUUUUAUUCUGCUCCAACCAAAGGAGAAUUAGCUCUACUUGACAGAAUUAUGUAUGAUUUGGACAAGGAGAAGGAACUGAAAGUGGUUAAGGCAGACUGCGAGAAAACGAAGAAGAAUACUGAGAAAGGGUACCCUUAUACCAACGAUAUCAUAGGUAGACCGGAAGUGAGAAAAGGUGAGACUUUGAAGGAGAGAAAAGAAAAGGCAAUAAAACAAACAUCAAAAAUUUCUAGUGUACCAAACUCCACUGUGCAAACUGAAGAGGUUAAAGUCACUAGGGUUGAAAAUGCAAAGAACACAAUUAAGAAAAGGUCACAUCAAACUCUUGUACAUAGAAAACGACAAGCCAUACCCAAAACCAAAAGCAAAUUACACGAAUCACCCGUCAAAAAUGAAAUUAAUUUCAAGAAGUCACGCGGAAAAGUACUUGGAGGAGCAGACGCUGGUACUGAAGUAAGAGUUGAUGAGCUUUCAGUGGAAGGGUAUCACAUGUCUGUAUCUGUACACAACCGCCAACAAGUGAAAGAGGGGACUGGGAAUAUUAAAAAAACUGGAAACUUGGAAGGAUGUAUGAAACAAAAACAAACUGACGUGAAACAAAGCAGAUUUAAAAAGAGAAUCAGCAGUUUAAACAGAGGUACAGAUAUAAAAAAGAGUGAUACUGCUGAUUCUGAGGAAAAGUAG